CCAAUCAUUAGAGACCUAGAAAUAUUCUCUGGUUGCUAGGUGUGGUCACCCAACGUCUUUAUAAAAAUCACAAGCCUUAGGCUUUCCUCUUCUAGACUGCAGCUUCCAGAGAAGUAACACUUUUUUAGCUGUGUGAAGCAAAAGAAACUUGGGUCAACAUGUCGAUGGUGCAAGCAUUUCUGAAGCAGGCCUGGUUUAUGGACAAUGAGGAGCAGGAGUGCAUUAAAAAUUCAAAAGGUGGAUCCGCAGUCCAUACCUACCCUAACUUCAAUCCAUCAUCUGAUGCUGCCGCAUUGGACAAAGCUAUAACUGCUAAGGGUGUGGAUGAAGCAACCAUCAUUGAUAUCUUGACUAAAAGAACCAAUGGACAACGCCAGCAGAUCAAAGCUGCAUACCAGCAGUCUAAAGGAAAGUCUCUGGAAGAAGCUUUGAAAAAAGCCCUCAAAAGUCAGCUUGAAGAAGUUGUCCUGGCUCUGUUGAAAACUCCAGCCCAGCUUGAUGCUGAGGAGCUCAGGGCUGCUAUGAAGGGGCUUGGAACUGAUGAAGAUACCUUAAUUGAGAUUCUGGCUUCAAGGAACAAUAGGGAAAUCAGAGAAAUCAACAGAGUCUACAGGGAAGAGCUUAAGAGAGAUCUUGCAAAAGACAUUGUCUCAGAUACAUCUGGAGACUUCCAAAAGGCUUUGCUUGCUCUAGCCAAGGGUGACCGUAAUGAAGAUGGCCGUGUGAAUGAAGAGCUUGCUGACAAUGAUGCCAGGGCCUUAUAUGAAGCAGGAGAGAAAAGAAAAGGAACAGAUAUCAAUGUAUUCAUUACCAUCCUUACUACGAGAAGCUACCCACAUCUUCGAAGGGUCUUUCAGAAAUAUACCAAAUUCAGCCAACAUGACAUGAACAAGGCACUGGACCUGGAACUGAAAGGCGACAUUGAGAACUGUCUGACAGCGAUUGUGAAAUGUGCCACAAGCAAACCAGCUUUCUUUGCAGAAAAGCUCAACUUGGCAAUGAAGGGCUCUGGGACACGCCACAAAAUACUGAACAGAAUCAUGGUUUCACGUUCUGAGGUUGACAUGAAUGAGAUCAAGGGCUAUUAUAAGAAGCUGUACGGCACACCUCUCUGCCAGGCCAUCUUGGAUGAAACCAAAGGAGAUUACGAAACCAUUCUGGUGGCUUUGUGUGGUGGUGACAACUAAGCUUCAUGAUGUUCUGAUGCAUUCCAGCCUUGUCACCGAGGUUAUCAUUCCCUUUGUCUCAGCUGUUUACAAAAUAUAACAUAGGCUUUAAACAGAGAUGGAUCUCUGGUUAGACUGUGGUCCAGACAUGUGCUAUCUGGAAAAUGUGUAGCCUGGAAAAUGUAUUUUGAUAUUACUAUGCUGUGUGGCAUUAUUAAUCUCUUUUUUCUAUUUACCCAAAGCCAAAGAGUGUACUUAAAAGUUCUUUUUGCUUUAAAAAGAUUAAGCAUAUACAAGGUACAGUUUUUCUCUGAGCUACGCAAGUGUAACUUUACAAAUAAAAUUAACCUGUGAAGA